AUGGUGGCUGCUACAGCGACUGCCUAUGCUGCCUCCCCAGCGGGCUUAGUCGCAAGCGAUGAGGGCCACGAGGCUCACUUUCCUGCGCCCGUAGCGAGAGCCCACGACUUUGACGACGAGGUGGUGCCUGCGCUGCGCAAGCGCCUCGAAGAGGAGUCCAGGAGGCUGGCCAGCAGGAUGAGCAGGCUUGACUCGUCUACGCAGUACGCGGCCGAGAAGCACGACGACGGGCUUGGCGCUCCUUCUUCGAUGAUGGUCGGCGAGGCAAUGUGGACAGACGCACCCUCGGACUUCUCGCCAGGCGUCGGCGCCUCGAGGUCGCUCAGACCACCUACCGCCGGACUGCCGUCCAGGCGAACGUCGGAGAUCUUGCAAGACGGCCUGGGUAGCGACGAAUUGAUCCCGUCCGAGUGGGCCACCGGCUCCUCUGCUCGCUUCAGGUCCCCCGCCAACACCAUUGGCGCCUCGGCUGGCGGAAGCGGCAGCUAUCGAGGCGCGGCGACGCACGAGAAAUACUACACGAUCUCGCCCUCCAGCUCCUUUACGUCGUUUCCACAGAGAGUCUCGCCGACGAAUCUCGCACCGUCUGGCCAGGACAGUGUGGCCAUUGCGAGGGAGCGAGCAAGGAGGCUGGCGAGCCAGAAGCCCAGCCACCAGGGCGCUAGCGCCUCUGGCAAGAUCAAUGGAGACGAUGUGUUUUACUUUAACGAGGACAUUGCGCGGGCGAGGGGCGAGCGAAUCGAGGACGAUGCGUUCCUCGACGCGCAAGGCCACGAAGAGGAUGUGUAUGGCGAUUCAGAAGGAUACCCGAGUGGCGACGAGAAGCACUGGCAAGGUCGCGGUGCAGGUCGACAGAGGACCUCUUCUACGCCCGCACAAUCGCAGCAGCAAUUGGGCAAGAGGAAGCUACAGGAUCAUAGGAAGCCAGCGACAGGGGCAAACGAACGGCUGGACAAGCCAAGAAGCACAAGCAUCUCGGGUGGUCGCACGACGCCGAGCAAGAUUCCACUGCCCGUGUCGGGAAGCAUGGCAAAGUACCAUCCGGAGUAUGCUGGGCAGAUUCGGCGGAGCAAGAGUGGACCGCUGCUCUCGACAUUCGAUACGGUUAGUGGAGAGGAAGGAGAAGAGCCACUGCAGCUGCCAACAACGCCUCCCCACCAGGACGGCAACAUCAUGGCCAACGACAAGAGUCACAACGACGGAAGCCCCAAGAACGCCUCCUCUUUGACUGUGCACAAGAAAAAGAAGACGGCGAGGGACCAGAGGAGAAGUGCGUCGGAAAAGGUGCCGAAGCGAUCGGCGACGCAGACUCUGAGAAACAGCCCGCCGACGCAAGACGUGCUCGACGAAUUUGGCCCACUUGGAGGCGUGCCUCGCUCAAUGCGCAACAGGGAUACAAGAGCAGAGGGCCGAAUUAGCGAAGGAGCCGCGAGAGAAACUCAAAAUCCCUGGGACGAAGAGAUCCUUCCCGUCGUGGCGAAGCGGCUGGCACAAGAGAAAAUGCUCGAUGGCGAUCCACGGCUCUCCCGGGUAGAGGGUCUCAUCGACACAUGGGACAGGGAUGGCAACCCGCUCAGCAAAAGCAUGCUCGUCCUCAAGCAGAGGGCGAGAGAGCAAAAGGAAGCUGCUGCUGCCGCCGCCGCUGCUGCCGCGUCACAAGAUGAGGCUGAAGGAGAUCGUGCAGCCGUUGGCAUUGCACUCUCUUCUAACGACGCAGAUUCCAAUAAAAACAAGAGAACGUCGAGAUUACCAAUUCAGGCACAACAGCAGCGGGGAAGCUACCGAAACAAAGAAGACGGCCCGGACACGAUCGAGAUGACCAACGCAAGACAGCAAGAGCAAGUAAUCACUUCAGCGUCUCAAAAGCAUCAACAGGCUCAGCAAAAUAAGGCAAACUCAAAGCAAGACGACGAAGGAGCAGGAUGUUGCAAGUGCACAAUCAUGUGA